AUGUCACUUCAGGUGGACGACCGCGGUCGGCGCGGCCGCUCAUGCUCUCCGGGGCGUCGGGACGAGGACCGCGAUCCCAUCACCAUAAAUGCUAUACGCAUGCCAUCUCCUCCCACCGGCUUCAGCUAUGACGACGACCGAGACUUUAAUCAACGGCGGCCUGCUUCUAAGUACAAAGACCCUCGUGGUUCUUCGUACAGUGUUGGAUCCCCCACAUCGCCUUCUCAUGCAGGCGACCCUUACGGCCGCCGGAAUCGAGUUGAGGAUGAAUAUUACCAGUCUAGGCGCAACGACGAGAAGCACAAUGAAGACAAGGACUGGGACUCAGAUAAAGAUCGGCUUAGCAGUGCCUUGAGUGGCGCAGCGGCCUUUCUGCCUGCAAAAUACUCGCAAAAGCUGGAGAAAGUGAUUAACCGCGACGCGGAGAGCGAAAGGGAGAAGAAGGAAAAGAAGGAAAGGAAGAAGGAGAAGCUCGAAGAAGACCUCGCCUACGGCAAGAGCAAGUAUGCGCCGCGCCCCGAGUCACCACCUGCAACCUAUGCCUAUGCUCAGCCUGAGCCGUGGAAGUAUGGCCAAGUCGACGACAAACAUUCCAUUACGAUCACCAACUUGGAUCAUGGUUCUCGCCAAGUAAGCCCGGUAGGCGACAGGUACUCCCAUCAGGGCAAGAAGUCCCGUCGCAGCUCGUAUGGCGCCGAACCACGCCCCUCGGCCAACGUCCUCACAGUUGAGCCAUCAAGUAGCCGCCGAGAUCGCUCUCGCUCCCGCUCCCCGAUGCCCCCCACGCAGCGCAUGUCGUCUCUCUCGGUGAGCACGGGUCUGGCUGCCGGCUCGGCCAUGUCCCUUGCGAACGCGCCUGGCUCUCCACUGCUCGAAUCUUACCGUGGUACCUAUCAAUCCAUGUCACCCAUGCCGUCUCCGCUGCUCAUGGCCUCCAAGGGCCCGGGCGCGUUUCCCAACGAGCCGCUCUCACCCGGCAUUUCAGACGACGAAAGGGGCGACAAAAAGAAGCGUCGUGCGCGCUUCUACGACCCAGAAGACGAUGCCGCCCGCCUUGCCAAAGCCCUCAAGGGCGAGAAGCGGAUGCCCGAGACGGAGCCGCUCAUCGAGAUCCUCCCCAGCCUAACACAUGAUCAAGUCAUGGAGCUUCGGGCAGAGUACAAGCGGCUGGUCAAGACGGGCAGCGAACGCAAGGGGGUCAACGUGGCGAAGCAUAUCCGGGCGCGUCUGAAGGACGCGGAUCCGUUAUUGAUGAAGGCCUGCUACUCGGUCGCCCUGGGCAAGUGGGAGAGCGAGGCUUACUGGGCGAACUUCUGGUAUCAAGGGGACAAAACACGGCGCGAGCUGCUGAUUGAGUCCAUCAUGGGACGCACCAACGCCGAGAUCCGGAGGAUCAAGGACGGAUUCAGCGACAAGAAGUACCGCGACAGUUUGACGCAAUGUAUGAAGACGGAGCUGAAGGAGGAUAAGUUCAAAAAGGCCGUCUUGAUGGUGCUGGAAGAACGGCGGAUGGAAGAGCUGGACGAGUACGGGCGCCCGCUGCCCAUCGACAGGAGAUUGGUCGAGGACGACGCUGAGCACUUGUACAGGGCUGUCAAGAGCGACAAGGGCGGCGAGUCGGCCAUGAUCCAGAUCGUCGUCAUACGCAGCGAUUCCCACCUGCGAGACGUCAUGAAGCUGUACGAGAGGACGUACCGGAGCAAUUUCGCCCGAGACGCGCUCAAGAAGAGUGGAAACCUUGUUGGCGAGCUCCUAGCCCACAUUCUCAACGGUGUCAUCAAUAAGCCAGUGCGCGACGCGCUGCUUCUGCACCACGCCUUGACGGCGUCCAAAAAGGACGGCCUAAGGCGCGAGCUGCUCAUCAGUCGGCUGGUCAGGUACCACUGGGAUCGACACCACAUGUCGGCCAUUAAGAGGGCGUACCGCGACCGCUACGGCCUUGACCUGUCUGAUGCCGUGAAGGAGGGUACCAGCGGAGAGUGGGGGCUGUUCUGUAGGGAGUUGUGCGUUUCGAGGAUGCCGGAUGAUGUGAAGAGGUUUAGUAAUGUGGAGAUUAUCAAUAGGUAA